GCGCUCCGAGUGCGCGUCUCUCGGCACAGUCUGUGGGAAAAAACCGAGCGGUGGAGGGGGAGGAGGCGGAGGCGGUUACACGGACUCGCUCUACCCGGUCCAGCGGCACCAGCAGCGGGCGGUACGACGCGUAAAAAACUCCCCCCGGCCUCCGUUAUUACGCGGAAAAAAAAAAACGCACCCAAAGCAGCGGUGCGAAGCGGUAGAGGAAGCGACGAAGAAAAGCAGCGAUACGGAUGUGCCUCCGAAAACGCAACGGAUACCGCCCUCCGGACCUUCUUCAUGCCGAAAUUUACACAGGUCCGGUCCCGGGCGAGCGAGGGGGCGAGGCCAUGGGGGGCGGGCGCACUGAAACCUCUGCUCUGAGCGGGACAGGAGGGGGACGGGCCAUCACCACGACCCACAAUUCCCAGCGGCCCAACGCCUGCUGCUUCUGCUGGUGCUGUUGCUGUAGCUGCUCAUGUGUCACUUUCAGGAACGAAGAGGAGCGCAGGAAACGGCGGAGGAGGAAGAGGAUAUCACAGGACACCAAGAUGGAGACCAUACUAAACUGUGAAGCUUGCACCAAACCAUCAGUGGAGGAGAUGCGUCUUUGGUCCCAGUCUUUUGACAAGCUGAUGAAGAACCCGGCUGGUCGAAACGUGUUCCGAGAGUUCCUGCGCACAGAGUACAGUGAGGAGAACAUGUUGUUUUGGCUGGCCUGUGAAGACCUCAAGCAGGAGAUGAACAAAAACGCCAUCGAGGAAAAGGCCCGCUCCAUAUAUGAGGAUUACAUCUCCAUACUGUCCCCCAAAGAGGUGAGUCUGGAUGCCCGGGUGCGAGAGGUGAUCAACAAGAAGAUGCAGGAGCCGACGCCGCACACAUUUGAAGAUGCUCAGCUGCAGAUCUACACUCUAAUGCACAGGGACUCCUACCCACGCUUCCUCUCCUCCAGCAUCUACAAGUCCCUGGUACACGGGGGCUCUCGGACCUCCUCGGAGUCCUAGUCCCCAGUCCAAGUCCUGGUCCCAGUCCCAGUCAUGGUCGGGAUCUAGACUUAAGCUCCCUACGUCCACUCCUGUAAGACUGAUCACACAGUUUCUAGAAAGUUCUCACAAAACACUCCUAGAUUUUGACCCCUUCAUUUCAAAGUUUAAAAUUUUAGAAUAUGAAAUUUGGCCGUAAAGCCUAGUCACCUGACAUAAUAUAUUAGCUUUACAAUAGUUUGUUUUUCAUAUUAUAUUGUUCAAUUGAA